AUGUCGAUACCGCUGCUUGACGUCUGGGAGGCUGCUGCUUCCUCGCCGUACAACCCAUCUAUUUCCAAGGACUCGCAGUUCAUUGUUGGCGCAACCCUGCUGCUGAUUGCGCUGCUCCUCGCAGGUGUCUUCGGUCUCAAUUUGAAGGCCAUCAACGUCCCGCUCCUCGGCGUACCCGCUUCGUUAGCAUUCGGUCAAGAUUUCGAAGAUACUCACAUCUGCUUCUCCACCUCUACUCUAAAAACACAGCGUACAGCCCAAACACACGCCAUGGACGAAGAAGAGGAGCUCCCGCUUCUCACAGCCAUUUCAAGCUCCGCCCGACAACUCUACCUUCUCCUGCGCUGCAUAAAUUUCGCCGACAAAGCACAUGUACAAAUCAAUGAUGGGGGCUUGCAGUUCUCUGUCGACGAGGCUAGUGUUAUGGAAGGCUCCGCCUUCCUCUCCAAAGACCUUUUCACAACCUAUACCUUCCGAGCACCUGCCCCACAACGUCCCUCUCAACGCGAGAUCAACGACUCCGACGAUGAAGAGGACGAGAACUCUGAACAACCCCUUCCGACUUUCCAAAUCUCCCUCCCCGCUCUUCUCGAAACCCUCCAAAUCUUCGGCCUUACCGAUCCAAAUACCUCCAAGCCCCCAUGGGCCCGCGACAACCCCACUUCGACUGCAACUGGUGGGGCCUUCUCAAACAAUGUCCUCGGCAUGAACAAUUUAUGCCGCAUCGCCUACGACGCGCCAGGCUCUCCGCUCACCAUCGUGCUCACUGAAGCGAGUAUUCGCACCACAUGCAGUCUUACCACCUACGAGCCCGCCUUUAGUGAGGAGAUCCCGUUCGACAGGCAGGGCCUUGCAUUCAAGACAAUCAUGCGCGGGACAUGGCUAUACGACGCCGUGUCCGAGCUUUCUUCCACCAGCCCAGAGAAACUGACCCUGUGGGCACGAACACGGGCCAGAAAGCCGUACUUCGCCCUGAGCUCAUCCGGCACGCUUGGCUCUGCGCGCGUCGAAUUCAACAACACUCCCACCCAGACGUUUCAGCUCAGCGAUCCCACAUCAAUGUUUAGGGCAAGCUACAAAUUCAGUCUGCUACAGCGUGCUGCCAGGGCAAUGAGCGUGGCUACCAAGGUCAGCGUCAGAGUGGAUGAACAGGGCGUGCUGAGUUUGCAGUUUAUGAUCGAGGUGGAGGUGGGGAAGGUGAGCUUUGUGGAUUUUCGGUUUGUGCCACUCGUUGAGGAGGAUGAGGAUGAUGGGGAUGAGACGCAAUUUUGGGGCGGGGACGCGGAUGAGAACGAUGGGAGUGUCAUGGAGGAUGAGGAUGAGCUGUAG